CUUCGGCCAUAUGGAUAUACAUAGCAUAUUAGGUUGUCAUGGUAAUGACCAAAUAUUUGAUCAAUAAAAAUCCGCCAAACUGUUUAGAAUUCUGUGGUAAUUGUUUUAAAAUUUUUCAUUUUUCGAUUGCUUAAAUAUAAAAUUAUAAAAGAAGCCCAACAAUGGAGGUUAUGGAGGAAGGAAAUUUAAUGGACAGGGUUCCAGUGUUGCUACAACGUGAUUUACAAUUUUAUCAGACUCAUCAACGCGUACUACAAGAACGAAUUUGUCCUGGAGUUGUCGGUGGGAAGUUGGACUUUCCACGUUAUGCCUCCUUUGCUGCCAUCAAAAUUGUUUUGUGGUGGGAAGAUGAAUAUUUUGCCUCUUAUCAAAAGCAUUCUGGGCUAUUGCAUGCAGAAAUGGACUUAUUGGCGCCAGAACCUUCAGCUGUUGUUGUAAAAACCUCAGAUCCGGAGAAAUUUGUAAAUCUCGUAACGCGUUCGGCGGAUAUGCUCCUAGAACAUUUACAUAUACUUUCGCAAGAGUCCUUGGAUCAUGCCGAUCUCUCGGUGUUGACAGCAACAAUUGGAGCAGCGGCACUUAUAAAGAAUUGUCUAAAUAUUUAUUUGCAAGCAGCUAAUGUAAAAAUAUAUCGUCCAAAGGGCAAUGAAAAGGGCGGCGCUUUAAGGUUAUCCUAUAAGCAAUAUUUCCAGAUGGCAGAGGCGCUGGCGGAAAGACUACUAGAUCUACAUUGUAGAUUAUUGCUGCUUUAUAUCGUACAAGAUGCCGAUUGUUUACAUUGGGAAAAUAGUCAGCCAUUUUUCGAAUCGGAGCGCGGUUCUUAUACCGUACAAAUGUGGUGGCAUUACAUACAAGGCAUUAAAGAUGAUCUGUGGAACUCGGUGCCGCCAAAAAUGGCUCAACGCAUUUUCGCCGGCAUUUUAAAUGAAACUUUAGGUGUGCUAACGUCUCGAUAUUCUCUAAUUUUGACCAGUAUUGAAAGAGCUCAACUACAUUUGGCCGAUAUCUCGAAUAUGCUGUUUUGUGUAGCAGAAUUGUUACCCUAUGUCUGUGAAAGUGGUGAAGCUUAUAUAGGCCUUCAGCUUCCUAAUCAAAGUGCUAUUAUCCGCGACGUACACGCCAAAUGCCGCGAGUUGUUUUACUGUCUUCUUUUACGUGGUGCGCCGUUAGGAGUGCUAUCAAAGCUUUGUCGCAAAAAUAUUGAAAAUAUGGAAAUGUUUUCAUCGAGACAAGGAUUACCAUGCGCCUGGAUAUUAUUUGCUUCGCCACAGCUUUUUUCGACCGAUAAAACUUUUCAGUGGGUCACCGAAUUUGGAGAUCUUAGUGCACGCAUUGCAAUUUCAUUGGAAUUGAAAGUACUUUUGGCAUUUCCCGAAGCUGAUUGGGCUUACUUACUAAAGGUAGUUCGCUAUUUACCUACUUUAUCUUUNGCCUUGUCGUUAACCUACUUGUUGGUGGCUGUCGGAAAAGCUGUCGAUAUUAAAUCAUGUCUCAUUAAAAUUUUGGAAGAAAGUUGCGCCGGUUGGAGUGAUUGUUUGGACAAACGUCAGGUUUGGAAUCAAAAACGUCCACCUUGGUUGGAGGCAAUUAUGCAUUUUGUUUAUCCUGUACUUAAUUGCAUUGUAGAUAUGUUGGUUAAUGCCGUCGAAGCUGGUGCUAGUAUGUAUCAAGCAAUGUCUUUGGCUCUAACAUGUGUUUCCGAGAUGUGGGACUGCAUACCAGAAAGUCUGUACAAAGUAACAAUUUUACUGCAGGAUAUCAUACCCGUCUCUACGCGACCACUUGGUGAUUCCGUACUAAUGCAGGUGGUCUUUGCGGCCCUCUACACAGAUUUAAUAAGGAAAGCGAAAACUUUUGAAACGGAAAAUAAAAUGGAGAAAGCCUCAACAUGUUAUUCCAUAUCGGAAGCCAUCUGCUGUAUUGACGAAGAUGACAAACAUACUGAUCAAAUUGAUUUAUUUUUGAAACAAACUAGGGAUUCAAUAUUGAUUGAAACGAAUUCGGAAUACAAUAAUGGAGCGCGCAGUUGGGUAAGCACUUUGAGUACGGUCAAAAUCGAUGAUUUAAAUACUACGCAUACUGAACGUCUGACUCAAAGUCCACCAAUGAAUUAUGCUACAGAGUUAGAUGUGGGCAUAGCAGAUUAUAUAGCCGAUAUAUUAGUAAGCGAUGUUCUUACGACAAAUAUUGGAAAGCAAGCGUUGAAGGUAAACUACAGAUAUCUUAAGAACAAUGCUGAUUGGUUAAUGGAACAGCUGGGAUCAGGCGUGCCAGUGGCUGGCCCAAAUUUGGGACAGAGUAUCAAUGAACCUAAAGAUUCUAUAUUGUCAACAAUGUUUUUCGUGGGAAAUCAUACAUUUGAUCAGCUUUUAAGCGGUGGCCUCACCAUUGACUACAUCACUUGGCUACAAACACCGUUAUCAUUGAAUACGGAACGAGCUUGGCUGCAUUUAUCGCGUCGCUGUGAUUUCCAGGAAGAUUCUAAACUUCGAAUGCCUGAAGUAACAAUGGUGGCUGGAAUUACACAAGUGAUGAAAAAGUUGAAAUAUCCCAAGAAAUUUUAAAUAUAAAAUAUAUUAC